UCAAGCUGUCAAAAUGCACCUGGGACUUCAGACCUCAGGGAAAAGUACAUGAAGGAAUCAGGAAAGAGAUUUGUUGGAGAUUAUAUGGAGCUUCACUGAUAGACUUUGAGGGAUUGCUAUGUAGUGCAAGAGAGCAGCAGCCGGUUUGAAGAUUAAUCUGUUGGGGAGAGCAGCAGGGUUUGUGUUUGCCAGGAAGCAGUAUGGUGACUGAGAACUUCUAAAGGACGCCUGUGGUCUGUUGUGAGAUAUUAGCAGGGAUUAGGAGUGAUUCUUUUUUUGUUAAUGAAACAGAGAAUUCUGGUACAGAGAACACAUGGAUCCCCCUACAGAACAAAUGCAGAGGAAGCAAAAACUGACAAAUGUGGUUAUCGGGUUCCUCUUUCUACUCAGUGGCAUUGAGUAUGCUGUCAUCCUGCCUACAGUAUGGUUGUAUCUGCAGUCAUUGGGGGCUCACCCUUUUUUCUUGGGCCUUGUUCUCUCUGCAUUCAGUCUCACUGAACUCUUAUCUGGUCCUUUAUUCGGGCACUGGACAGAUCGCACUGGAAGAACAAAGAAUGUCAUCCUGUUAAGUAACUGCUUUGAAAUUGCAGGAAACUUCAUGUACUUUGUUGGAAUAUCCAAAUGGUUUCUUUUUGGCAGCCGUCUGGUGGCAGGUGUUGGUGCUGGAUCGGGAGCUUCGAUCUUUGGGUAUCUUACUCGGUUCUCAAGCGCCAAAGAUCGUGUCCCAGUUUUUGCAAUGGCUAUGGCGUGCAGGCAAGCUGGGCUUCUCAUAGGUCCUGCAUUUAAUAUAUUCCUAAGAUACUCUAACUUCUAUCUCGGUCCCUUCCAUGUGAACAAAUACUCAGCUCCUGGUAUUUUUAUGUGUGUCUUAUGGGUGCUGAUGCAGUUAAUGGUAGCGUUUAUGUUUUAUGAUGUUCCUCUGAGCUCACAAGUACCACAAGUGGAUGAACAUGAACCACUUUUAAAGCAACCAGAGGAUCCUAGUGAGGGAGUGAGCCACGUGUAUGGCAGCAUCAACAGUGAUAACCAGGAAACAGAUCACGUCUGCUUACCUCCUGAAGACAAUGCACCAUCGUCUAACCAUAAAGAAGAAGUAGACCACUCUUCAUACUCUACUUUACCAAACUGUCAAGCUGACCCUCAGAAUUUACCAAAUGGCCCACAAUAUGUGGAAUCAGGUAGAAGGUUUCAUAACUUGCUGUCUACAAAGGGGUAUAUGCAUGAAGAGGUAGUCGUUCUUCUCACAGCCCAGUUUGUAACGCUUUUCAAUCAAACAGCGUUAGAGGCACUGGUAACACCUCUGGCUCAGACUUACUUAGGGUUCCAAGAUCUGCAGAACUCACUACUUUAUUUCCUAUGUGGGAUUGAGAUGCUGGCCGGGUUCCUUGCAGUGCGCCUGCUCAGUCGAUGUUGUUCUGAUCGCCUUCUACUUGCUCUUGGACUCAUCGUCUGUAACAUCUCCUGCAUUUGGUGCCUUGUGUUUCUGGCAAAACCAAACGGAAGUUAUGGCGCACUCUUGGGGGAAUUCGUCGUUGGUGUGUUCCUCCAGGUUCUUGGACUGCCUUUUGUGUCUGUGUCUCAGGUGUCUCUGUUCUCAAAGGUGACAGCUGAGAAUACCCAGGGUUUCAGCCAUGGCCUACGGCGCUCAGUGGGAGGAUUGGCUACAAUUCUUGGGCCCUUGUGGGCUGCAGGUUUAACGCAGGAACUGUAUAUUAUGCUUGGCGUCAUGAUGGGGUUGCUUCUCCUACUCACGGGAAUGGUCAGUCUGUCUUACCGAUAUUUGGUGGAUCCAGUGCGUUCAGGAAUAUGAUCUUGGUUGGCAAGUGGUAGCUGUCUUGUGUGAUGAACCAAUUACACUGCACAGAGAAAGAAAGCAUUGUAUCUCUGCUGCCAAUCUAGUUUGUGUACAAGAAAACUGUGAAAAGAGUAAUCAGAACUGUCCUGCUGGUCAGGAGGUGUUAUUUAGUGGCGUGAGGAUUCAAUUCAUUUUCAUCUACAGGGACCUUGUAAAAAAUAUGACUUUUCCCAGUCUCAUACAAAAUCUAGGAUUAAACCACUCACAAUUA